AUGGCCUCCGGGUCGUCCAACGGUGAGAACGUGGAGAUUGUGCCAGCCGAAGCCAGCAAGGAUUUAGCCAUUGCCCAGGGACUGCCGCCUAUGUAUACACCUGUUACUGAGCAAGGCUGUCCCGAGUCUUUCAACGAGCUGCAUCUAGCAUCAUCUGGUCAAUGA